AUGGCUCACUGCAGAUGCUGGAAACUCUUGCCAUGGAUGGUUUUAGGACCUAUCAUCCUUAUUGCACUUACAGGUUUUGCAUCUGAAAUGCAGGAAUCUCUAGUCCUGGGUCCAUCCAGUGAAGCCAUGGAGACCUCCUCAGGAGGAGGUGCAGUUGAGAUUGUCACCCCUGGACCCAAUCUGGAGGAUAGUUCAGUGACCUCGGACUAUGGAUAUUAUCCAGAUGACUCAGAACCUGUGGAGAAAGGAUCACUAGGACCUGGAGCAAUAUCUGCCAUUAUAAUUGCUGCUGUUCUUGGGGUGUCUGUACUGUUCAGCCUGGUUAUAAUCACCGUGAGAAAGCUGUCAGCUUCCUAGACCUAAUAAAUGAUUAAAAAU